GCAAAUUUCGAAAAACAUCAACGCAGCUGAAUACUAAAUGUGUUUCUCUUCUGAAUGUUAUGUUAUCAACUUUCGCUUAACUAAAGACACGUUUUUGGCUGAUGUAAAUGUUACGCUUUUCAGAAACUUAAAUAGCUUUCGUGCAACCAUUUCAUCUACUGCGGUAAAGAGCGUUUCGUCAUUCUAUCUUUUUUGACAUCCUUCUCAAUGACUCUAACUUCGUCAACGCUGUACUAGGGUACUUUGCAAUUUUGUGUUUAGAGUUUUCUUUGAUGUCAUGUUCGAUUUUAAAACUAAAGAGGUGACGACAAAAGAGAAGAAGUCCUCCCGCAUACAGAAACUAAGGAAGCAUCUCAGUUGCGGUUUUGGUCGUCUUUCUAUUUCCAAAGAAGAAAUCAUUCCUGAAUUCGGCCAAGACAACGAGAAUUUGGAAGCGAUCAUCGGAAAUGGCGUAACCAGCAGUCACUCUGAGAUGCUAUCCACAUGUGCCGAGCCAGUGGACAACAUCCGAUCCCUGCUGGAACCAAACGGCAACGUACUCCCUCCUUCCGCCUCAUUCAUCCGACCACUUCCCAGAACAAGUUCCAGCCAUAGUCACCUUGACAAGUACCUCAAAAAGUUCGGCAAGUCAGUAGGUGGCUUAAGAUCUCCAGUCAAACGUCAAUGGUCUGCAGGGGAAUCGAACCUAAGUCGAGAGUUCUCGAAGACCAGUGACUUGGAUGUCCGUCCUCAACUUCCACCUAGGCCAAAAUCCGAAUUUUUCAAUGUUGGUGACAAAAAUAAGUACUUCAAAAGCAACACAUACGAGGCAAAUCUUGGUUUCGGCCGAUCAGAAUCGUAUAUUAAACUCGAACAGCUUGGAGAAGGUUCAUAUGCUACUGUCUUCAAAGGGUUUAGUGAAUUAAAUAAUAGAGUAGUUGCUUUAAAAGAAAUUCGCCUACAGCCUGAAGAGGGCGCUCCUUUCACCGCCAUCAGAGAAGCUUCCUUACUUCGUGGCUUGAAACAUGCCAAUAUUGUAACUCUUCACGACAUCAUCCAUACACGGGAAACUCUCACAUUUGUAUUCGAAUAUGUCCAUACAGACUUAAGCCAGUACUUAGAAAGACACCCCGGUGGACUUCAUCCUAAAAACAUUAAAUUAUUUAUGUUUCAACUUCUUAGAGGAUUAGCCUUUUGUCACCAAAGACGAGUAUUACAUAGGGACCUUAAACCUCAAAAUCUGUUGAUCAGUGAAAUUGGGGAGCUUAAAUUAGCAGAUUUUGGCCUAGCUCGGGCGAAAUCAGUGCCUAGUCGAACGUUUUCACACGAAGUUGUCACCCUUUGGUACAGGCCACCAGAUGUAUUGUUAGGCUCUACAAAUUACUCCACAUCACUAGACAUGUGGGGAGUUGGUUGCAUCUUUGUGGAAAUGAUUAUAGGAAAAGCAGCAUUUCAAGGUAUGAAGGAUACGAUGGAUCAACUCGACAAAAUAUGGAGGGUUUUGGGAACACCUACUGAAGACACGUGGGAUGGCGUGUCAUCACUACCCAACUAUAAACCUCAUAAAUUUGGUCGUUACCAAUCCCAGCCUUUAUCAGGAGCCUUCCCUAGAAUUACAGAGAUAUUACAUGGUGAAAAAUUGGCCUACAGUUUUCUUCAGUUACAACCUCGAAUGAGGAUAUCAGCCAGUGAAGCAUUGCGUCACAUUUACUUCAAAGAACUCCCGCCCAAACUCUUCGACCUGCCAGAACAAAUAUCUAUUUACACAGUAUCCGGAUGCAAACUGUGUCCAGAACCCAACAAUAUUCAGACAGUAAUCAAAAUCAAACAAUGACACUCAUCAAAAAAUGGUGGUGUGUUCUUCGUGGACUAAGACCCCCGAAAAGACAACUGAAGAGAAAUACUGCAAAAUCAACUCUUCCGAAAAAAGUGCUAAAAAAGCAAGCCAUCGUCAUAUCAAAGAAAUAUUUUUGCUUUUUCACAUUCCGCAAACUUCUGCAUCGUCCUGAGGCGGGAACUCAGGCCAUUAAUAUAUACAAACAGUAAUCACUGAGACUGACAACAAAAAAACAAUUUCUGCUUAUAUCUCCCACAAGAAUUAUGUGUCAUUUGUUCUAAAACAUUUUAAGAGAAUAAUUUUGAGCUGAUAACGACAGAAAUGAUUGUUUCUAAAAAGAGUGGCAAAUGUGCAAUAUAAACAAAAUAAAAGUAUAGAAUGUCAUCAAUUGAACUGCUUAAAGAAUGUUGUGUUUUCUGUGAAGAAAUAUGAAACAUUCCAAAAACAUGUAUUUUUUGUUUAUAUUGUUCUUUUUCGAUACAUAUGUAUUUAAAUUAAUUUUUUCAGUGAUAUUUUUGUUUUUUCUCUAUUAAAAUAUAAGUGUCUAAAUGUUUUGGGUGCUUCAAAAAAAAUUGGGAACACGAGGUCAAAAACGUUAUCCGACCCACUAGAGAAGGUCGCAAAUUAUACGUAAUUUACAAAACAAUGUACAAAAUUCUACACUAAUUUAUUCCUAUUAUACUUCUACAUGGGUUGCACAUUUUCGGCCAAUGCUACUACAGGUGAUGCUCGAACUUUCAGUCGGUCCGUUGCGGAAAUGGGAUGCGUUUGAGAUACAUCUAGCAUGUUACACAUGGUGCAUGCCAUGCAGCAAGAUGUGUUCGAUAAACAAGUGGUAUGUUUGACUUGGUGCAUUAUUCCAUGCAGCAGUAUGUGUUCGAUAUUCAUCUAGCAUGUUUGAGAAGAUGUGUCACCCCAUACUAUAACGAUGUUAUGAUGUUUUUAGGAGGCUGUCCAAAACUUUGAGAAACUCCUGAUGCAGCAUUGUUCGUAAAUGUGCAACAUAUGUGGAAAUAAAAAUGACGUAUAAUUUUUUUUCGUAGUUCCUUGUAGAUUAUGUAUAAUUUGCAACUCUUUCUAGCUGCUAUUAACAACGUUUGUGGCGCCACGUUUCUAUGUGAUGAUAUUGUAUGAAUGAUUUGCUCUUUCAUUUUAGUAAUGGUUUUAUAAAGCAUCCAGCAUGUAGCCGCUACCAAAAAAAGUUUCUUCAAAUGAAUGAAAUUUAUGUUUAUUUAUUUUAACAUUCAUCUAAUUUUUUUCUAUGCAUUGAUCUAUGCUGUGUAGUUUGGGAACAUUUAUAUUUAUUUGUAAUUAACUAGAAUUUAUAUCCUACUACUUUUAUAAACAAUUUUUGUUUCAAUUGUUUCCUUAAAUUAAUAUUCCACGAAAUAAUGCUUAUUUUGCUAAAUACUUUCAAUUUUAUUUUCUUACAGUCUUAAAUUUUUUUCUUAAAUAAAUGAUAAAAGUUGUCUUCAAAUAGUUCAAAAAUAGAAUCUUUUAUGGGUACCAACUGAAAUAACAUUUCCAAUAAUUUUGCUUAAUAAUAAAAUAGUAAAUGCUUGGCGAAUUGCAUCACGAAUUAAUUAAUUAUUAUUAAUGCUAUUUUUAUUUAAUCUGUUAAAUAUAUUUGCUUUAAAUUUUACAGUUUCAAAAAACUAAAUAAAUUACAAAAACAGUCCGUAAAUUAAGUAGAAGCUUUUUAUUUUAUUUUUCUCAAGGAAACUUAAAUAAAACGUUCAUAGUGAAAGAAAAAGCUCAUAAUGAAACAUUAUUUAGCAAUAAAUGUUAAAGAAAAUUGUUAUUUUUACUUAAUUGUAAGUACACUGAAAAAAAGUGCAAAAAGUACCGGCACUCAGAAUGCGGUUACUUUUUACAGUACAUUCCAGUUUUACCGGAACAUGCUACGGAACGAAAAAUCUGAUAUACCAUUAUAUGAACCAAUAAUUAACUUAUAAUAUCCCUGAAUCACUUUAAUUAAAUAAAUAUUUCUGUAAAAAUUACGCUAUACCAUAUUACGUUAAAAGGGGAUUUUACUGUAAAACAGAUUUUACGGAUGAUCCACCCAAAGUACCGAUACUUUGUACCGUAAUUUGAUUUGGAAUUUUUUACAGUGCAAUAUUAACGAAAUUAGUUUUAUAAAUCUUAUUAUUCUUAGUUACUUCAAUGUGUUUGAAAUUUUUAACUGAAUGCCUGAAUAUUAUUAUUAUUGGGGGAACUUUUUAAUAAAUCUUGUUAUCCAUAAUUUUUUGAAGGUAUUUAUAAUUUUAGUUGAAUACAUGGGUAUUAUAAGUAUAAACGGAAUACAUUUUAUAAACCUCGCCAGAAUUUAUUGCUUUGAAAAGUCCUAAAAAAUCAUAAUUAGAGUAGUUAAUUGCAGCAAUGGCACUAAAAAUUAUGAUUAGGCAUUAAAAACAGUUGUUAUCAUAAUGCAGAAUUAUCAUAAUCAUUUAAAUGACGUAAAUUUCAAAAUUGUUAAAUAAUGCUUACAAAAACGUGAAAUUUAGCAGCAAAAAAUGUAAAGAUAAAAAUUUUCCCCAAAAAAUUAUGAAAAAUUUAAAAUAAACUGCAAUGUAUAACUAAAUCAUUUUUAUGAAUACAAAUCAUUUUCAGGAUUUGGAGAUAACCGAUAAGGGAAUUGGUGACUAUAAAGAUAAAGCUUAUUAACAUGGUUUUCUAUUCGCGAAAAGUUAAUUUUAUUUCACAAUUCAUUUCCAAUAAUUAGAAUGUAUUUUAAUUAUUUACUUAAAAAUAUAAUAUUUUUGUGAGGAUUCUUUUUAAAAAAUAAAAGAUAAAUUUCUAACGAUUUUAGAAAUUUCUACUCAGUUUUUAGAAGUAUUUGUCUAAGUAACAAACAAUAAAAAUAAUAAUUUUCUUUGGACACCCACUGAAGACCUAAACGUGUAUUUUUAAAAACUCAAGUUUCACAUUAGCCUUUUUUUGGUAAUAACAAUAGUUUAAAAUAAUAAUUAUAAUAAAAAUCCCUUUUUGAUGCCAAAUACUGAAGUAUCUAAAAUGCUAAAAUUUAUAUUUAUGUGUAUAAAAUAUUAAUUUUUAAUCAGCAAAUAUUUUUUUAAAUAAUGUUAGCUUCAAAAUAAUGAUAAAAUUGAAUACGUGAUUUGAAUUGAGAACGCAAACUUUUAAAUAUACAACCAUUCCCUUAACUGGAAAAAUCAUUAACUGGUAACAAAAAACAAUUAUAAUAAUAAUAAUUAUCAUUAUUACUUGAAAACAUUGUUAAUUUUCAAUUUAUAAUAUUCUAUAUAAAUUAAUAGAAUAUGGCAAACUUUUUAAAUAUAUAGGUUUUGGUUACACUAGAAAACACGCUUGAAACUGGUGCCAAAAGAAAUAAUAUUCUACUUGUAAUUACUUUAAAGCAUAAAUAAUUUUAAAAUAAUAAUAAUAAUUCCCAUUUAGGUACCGACUUAUGAAUUGUUAAAUAAAAUUUAAACUUAUAUUUUUAAAAAUGCCCUUUUAUUUCAGUGAUAAAAUUGAUUUCUAUCAUUAUAUAGCUUUCUUAUUCUGUAUGCUUAAAAACUCUGAUGUUUUUUUUUAAUAGUAACUUAUUUGAUUUCUUUUAAAUCUUUUAGUGAUAAAAUGAAUUUUUAUCAUUUUAUAAAUUUCCUGCUAUGUAUUUAAAAACUUAAUCAUUUGUUUAAUUUUUUUUUAAAUCAUUCAAUGACGUAAUAGAUUUCAAACGUUAUAAACAUAGUAUACUAUAUACUUCAUCGAAUUCUUAAGAAAUUGCAUUGAAGAUGUUUAUAUUCAAAAUGAAAUGAAACUUUUCAUCAAAGCAAAAGAAACUUUUUUAUGUGAUCAGUCUUCAUGAAAGCACCAAUGAGCGAUGCGUUUUUCAGAAAUGAAGCUUUUCAUACAUUUGUAAAGGCACUGGCAUAGAAUAAAACUUUGUACACUGA